AUGACUGGAGAAGACAAAAGGGCUGACAGACAAGCCGCGAGGGAAGAGAGAAGGGCAAAAAUGGAAAUAGAAGCAGAGGACGAACUUGAUAGUUAUUUAUUGCGGUUUGUGAGGUUUGCAACGAAUGCGAGUUGGCAUAGAAAUGGAUGGACCACAAAAUUGAGUGCGCUAUUGACUGGUAAAGCACUGGAAGUAUAUUCCAGGAUGUCCGACACUGAUGCAGUUGACGAUGAUCGUGUGAAGGUGGCGCUGUUGACAAGAUACGAAAUUAAACCUGAAAGUUCCGAGAGUCCUGACCAGUUAAUUGUGCGACUUAAGAAUUAUUUUGCUAAAUGGGUUGAGUUGUCAGGCACUGCAGCAACAUAUGAUGGUGUUACCGACUUGAUGGAACUGCUUGGAGAUAUGUCAUCAAAAUCAAUUAAAGAUGUGUCUUCAAUACGAUCUCAUACAGUCAUAGUUCCAGAGAAGCUAAAACAGACAAAGCCUAAUGCAUCAAUAUCUGAUGACCUUACGCCCCUCCGUCCUCGUAACAACGGUAGUGAGCCAACAACAGUGACAAGUAGUGGUGACACCAGUAAAACACAGGUCAAUGGUCCUACCGGCGAAUCACCAAAGCAAGUUAAAAUGGAAAAAAAUGGAGAGGUGGAAACAAUUGUCGAAGUAGAAAAAGCUUUGAAGAAUAACACUGUGGAUUUAUAUCCUUACAAAAAGUAUGACCCAUUUGGAAUGGAAUGGAUAAACGUAGUUGAUGAGUUGGAAUGGAUUCAUAGAAACAGUUAUAAUGAAGACAAGAAAGUAUAUAAAAUGCCGUUCGAUUAUGGUAGUGGAGAGCUGAAACCAACGUCUGUUAAUGAAACCAGGGUUGUAUUACAGACUGCAAAAAACAAUAUUCGCAAAGGCACAUAUAUUUGUGUUAGUAUCGAAACCAUCGAUGAGAAUGGCCGUAAACGAAACAGAGGAGGUGACUUCUUCACUGCUGGCAUGACGAAUGUUGGCCAAGGAAAGAGUACGGCUGGUCGUGUUUUUGAUCAUGGCAACGGCACGUACGAUGUAUAUUUCUAUGCGGCCUGGUCCGGUGAAGCAAAAAUAGACAUUGCACUGACAUUUACAAGAGAGGCCAUCACUUACAUUAAAGAUAUUAUGAAAACGAAGGAGGAACUUCUCGGAUUCGCAGCCAACUACAGCGAUGGUAAAAAUACGGAGGAAACCCGUUGUUCUCUCAUAAACGAAGGAGUAUGGGAAAAUAGAUGUGAAUAUAUUAAUCCUAAUUCUCUGGGGAAAACAGUGUUUGCUUGUAAAAAGCUACAGCGGUUUAGCUGUGACCAGCUUACCAAUGUAUGGGCAGGAGUUUCUGGACUGAACCGUGUUGCUUUAGAUGAAACGAAAAAGGUUGCAUAUUUAUAUGAUGGGAAAUAUAGCACCGUGAAGUUAAAAGGAACCCCGAUAAAGCUGAAUAUACAAAAUGCGGAAGUAAGUCUUCCGAAACUGCCGAUGUGCGGUCCUGAUCUACCUAUACCACUAUCAGAUGGCUACUGGGAAGACAAUACCACUUUCGUUCCUCUUGUUUGUCAAAGUAAACAGUGGACAGAGGAAGAAAUUGACAAAUGCAUAGCUAACACUGAGGUGCUUGGUGUUGGCGACUCUACCCUUGGACCAUUAACUAAGGCGUUUAUCAAAACACGAGAGAUGCAGGAGGAAAAUUUUCAUUUUAUGACCCCCAGACUUGCCGGCCCAAGAGUUCUGAUUAUGGAGACUGUAUUCGAAAGCGAUAUGAUGGAUAAAAUUACCAAGGCACAAUGCCAAUCCAAAACGCCAAUAGUGCUUCUGAAUUUCUGUUUUCACUACGCGUUUUGGUCUACCAGAGGAUAUGUGGAACGUCUUGUGCGAGUGAAACUGGCGGUAGAACGACUUUUUCAAAGGUGUCCAAAUUCGAAAGUUCUAAUAAAGUUAGGACAUUCGCGAGAUAAUCUAUAUAAGGAACAGAACAUACACAGCAACAACUGGAUAUUCUACGAUAUGAACAGAAUACAACGACGCAUUUUCGGUGGAACUGGCGUUCUUUUUCUUGAUCCUUGGGAUUUAAUAAAUUCAUCAUUUGAAGAGAACACUAUCCAUAUGGGGGCUACAGUCCGACGUCAAGAAUGGUUUCUCGCCCUAUCGUAUGUAUGCCCAGAAAUGGCAAUGAUGAAGUAG